UUUGAUCCACCAACAUCUGUAUGGUAGGGGUAGGAUGGAACAAUUAUACUAAAUUUAUAGCUAAAACACCUAAACCCACUCAAGACAUCUCAUCUGAUGGGGAAGAAAGGGGGGAAAAGGAAAGAACAGAGUUGUAUCAACUCUUGGUGUGACUGCCACUGACAAUUUUAGAGUAAAUUACAUUAGAAAGUUUACUCCCACCCAUCGUUCUGGGUUCUAGGAAUACUUUGGACUAGUCAUAUUUGUGAGGUGUUUCCAACAUAAAUUCUUCAGUGCUCUUUCAGUUCUUUUAUGAAAAAGUCAAAACUGAGUACUGGUUUUUAUCCUGGGAUCUCUUAACAAGAAGCCCCAGGCCUAGGGCAGUCUGGGGAAGUGAGGGCAGAUGUGGCAGAGUGACCCCCAGGUGCAGGGACAAGUAUUUGGGUUUCUCUAUUGUUGACCUUCUGAAGAGCUCAAUGCACUUUCCGUGUCAGUUUUUGAGAGGUGGCAACAGGUACUGCUUAUUUUAUAGAGAAACUAGAGUUCAAUUGAGAUAGCCUGAGUAUGCAUUUCCUUAAUUUUUGUGCUAGCAUUUAGUAGCAGUGAACACCCUGAACAUCUCCUUAGCGCCUUGGUCGUUAGCUCCAGUUUGGAGAAUGGCCCAGACAGGAUACUCAGCUGUAGCUAGAUUCCCCCAGAAGAUAUGGCCCAACCUAAUUAGAAUUUUAAAGUAGGUUUCUCUAUACCUUGGGCCUUUCUCUUUUCACAUGACCUUUGUGUAAACAUGUCUAUUAAAGUGGAAACAAAUUAUUUUUAAAAUGGAAAUUCUCACGUUUUAUUUUAGUGGGGAGCCCCCUGAGAAGAUAGCCACGUAUGACGGAAUGCUCUACGAUUUCUAUUUUGUUGCUUGUGGCCAGGAAAAUAAUCCAGGACAUGGAUUUGAUUGACAUACUUUGGAGGCAAGAUAUAGAUCUCGGGGUAAGUCGAGAAGUAUUUGACUUCAGUCAACGACGGAAGGAGCAUGAGCUGGAAAAACAGAAAAAACUUGAAAAGGAAAGACAAGAACAACUGCAAAAGGAGCAAGAGAAAGCCUUUUUCGCUCAGUUACAACUAGAUGAAGAGACAGGUGAAUUCCUCCCGGUUCAGCCAGCACAACACAUCCCGUCGGAAACCAGUGGAUCUGCCAACUACUCCCAGGUAGCCCACAUUCCCAAACCAGAUGAUUUGUACUUCGAUGACUGCAUGCAGCUUUUGGCAGAGACAUUCCCAUUUGUAGAUGACAAUGAGGUUUCUUCAGCUACGUUUCAAUCACUUGUUCCUGAUAUUCCCAGCCACAUCGACCGCCCAGUCUUUAUUGCUCCUAAUCAGGCUCAGUCACCUGAAACUGCUGUCCUUCAGUUAGCCACUGCUGAUUUAGACGAUAUGCAGCAGGAUAUUGAGCAAGUUUGGGAGGAGCUAUUAUCCAUUCCAGAAUUACAGUGUCUUAAUAUUCAAAAUGACAAACUGGCUGAGACUAGCAUGGUUCCAAGUCCAGAAACCAAACUGACGGAAAUUAACAACAAUUAUCAUUUCUAUCCAUCAAUCCCCUCACUGGAAAAAGAAGUAGGUAACUGCAGUCCACAUUUUCUCAAUGCUUUUGAGGAUUCCUUCAGCAGCAUUCUCUCCACAGAAGAGUCCAGCCAGUUGACAGUGAACUCAUUAAAUUCAAAUGCCACAGUAAAUACAGAUUUUGGUGAUGAAUUUUAUUCUGCUUUCAUAGCAGAGCCCAGUACCAGCAACAGCAUGCCCUCCUCUGCCACUUUAAGCCAGUCACUCUCUGAACUUCUAAACGGGCCCAUUGAUAUCUCUGAUCUAUCACUUUGUAAAGCCUUCAACCAAAACCACCCUGAAAGUGCAACAGCAGAAUUCAAUGAUUCUGACUCUGGCAUAUCACUGAAUACAAGUCCCAGCAUGGCAUCUCCCAGCAUGGCAUCACCUGAACACUCAGUGGAAUCUUCCAUCUAUGGAGACACACUGCUUGGCUUCAGUGAUUCUGAAAUGGAAGAGAUAGAUAGUUCCCCUGGAAGUGUCAAACAGAAGGGUCCUAAAACACAGCCAGUAAGGCCUUCUGGGGAUACAGUCCAACCCUUGUCAUCGUCUCGGAGGAACAGUGCUCCAGUGUGUGAUGCCCAGUGUGAAAACACACCAAAGAAAGAAGUGCCUGUAAGUCCUGGUCAUCGAAAAACCCCAUUCACAAAAGACAAACAUUCAAGCCGCUUGGAGGCUCAUCUCACGAGAGAUGAGCUACGGGCAAAAGCUCUCCAUAUCCCAUUUCCUGUAGAAAAAAUCAUUAACCUCCCAGUUGAUGACUUCAAUGAAAUGAUGUCCAAGGAGCAAUUCAACGAGGCUCAACUUGCAUUAAUUAGAGAUAUACGUAGGAGGGGUAAGAAUAAAGUGGCUGCUCAGAAUUGCAGAAAAAGAAAACUGGAAAAUAUAGUGGAACUGGAGCAAGAUUUAGAUCAUUUAAAAGAUGAAAAAGAAAAAUUGCUCAAAGAAAAAGGAGAAAAUGACAAAAGCCUCCAUCUACUGAAAAAACAACUCAGCACCUUGUAUCUUGAAGUCUUCAGCAUGCUACGUGAUGAAGAUGGAAAGCCUUAUUCCCCAAGUGAAUACUCCUUGCAGCAAACGAGAGAUGGCAAUGUAUUCCUUGUUCCCAAAAGUAAGAAGCCAGAUAUUAAGAAAAACUAGAUUUGAGCAGAUCUGACCUUUUCUGAGCUAGUGGGUUUUUUUGUUGUUGUUGUACUGUUAUACUAAAAGCUCCUACUGUGAUGUGAAAUGCAGAAAUAUACUUUAUAAGUAAUUCUAUGCAAAAAUUAUAGUCAAAACUAGUGUAGAAAAUAUAAAACUUCAAAAAGCAUUAAAAUAAGUUAUCAGUAUGCUGAAUCAGUAGUUUCACUUUAACUGCAAACUUAAUUUCUUAAAACACCAUUGGGGCUAGUUUCUAUAUACAUGUAAAUACUACAAAAACUCCUUAUUUAUACUGUUCUUAUCUCAUUUGUUACUUUCAUAGAUUUGUAUGAUACAUCUGGCUAAAAGCAAAUUGUUGCAAAACUAACCACUAUGUACUUUUUUAAAUAAAUACUGUAUGAACAAAAAAAUGGCAUUUUUUUAUAUUAAAUUGUUUAGCUCUGGCAAAAGACAAUUUAGUUGAAAAGCUGGUACUAAUAAAGGAAUAUUAUGACCGUUAAAUUAUUUCUUCGAAGUUCAUUCACAAUCUUUCAUGACAAUAAUAUGUAAAGCACUACACUAAAUUGGUACUGGAGAUACAGGAAAAUAGAGUAUAUCAAAAAGAUUUUCUCUUCAGCAGCAAGUAUAUCUCAACUAAAAAAAAUGCUAUAUAUACUCUGACAUGAAAACACUGGUUCUUUUACUCCUAUCAAGGUAUAUGCCAUACAUUUGAAGGUGUGGGAGAACCAUCCUAUUAA